AUGAGAAGGAUAUGUUACAUCGAACUGGCAUCGAAGUUAAAACAGUACGAAGAAAAAGAUGAAAUAAGUACAAGAAGGCAUUAUGCCAGUAAGAAGUAAGGUCAGUCUGAAGAUUCAUGAAGAACAUAAAUUAAGUAGGAGUCGUUAUUGUCAGUGCAAUAGUGUUGACGCCUACCAGAUGGAAACUAGUAUUCACUGCACUUGGGCGUCUCACUUCAAACGCCAAAAAAACCUUGUGACAGUUUGUGGCAUUGUACUUCUGGACGUUUUAAUUACUAUUUACCUAAAAUUAAAACCUCUUUACUAAUCCCACACCAUGUGUUUUGUGUACAUCAACAUCUUUCUUCCUUUUUUUCUCACUGAAAGUCUCAAAACUUGCAACAAAGUCCUCAUAAAGAACAAUCACGUUCGUCUCUCCAGCGCUUCAAAAAUGUCAAAGCGCUGCUCCUAAAAUCAAGCUUUUUCUCCUUGAUAUUUCAAUAAUGGCACAGCCUUGACGAUCAAAAUGCGUUAAAUCUUUUUCGCUGGCCAUAAAGCAGACAUCUUUGUGUGAGACGGUCCUUUCCAUAGGAGCCUUGCGUGACCUGUUAAAUGAUUGACUUGUACGUGUUUCCUCAGCAUUCACAUUCAGUGGAACAAUUGGUCGAGGAAAGUCUGUGCUACAACAACAAUACAACGAAUAAAGAAGAAGAGCAUUGUCUUAUCUGAAGGAGUAAAAACUUAAGAUGGUAAGAUUAGAAGCUUACACUUCCGAAUGCAAUAGAGCAACUUUCAACGUCCCCGAUCAGCUAUACACCACAACCACCCUAUCCAAUAUAGUAACCCAUACUUCGACAAAUUUGUAGAACUGAUCUUAUCUGUUUUUACAUCAGAAGUUCAAAGCUUUCUUUCUGUGCUUUGCUGUCUUUGUUGUUAUCACCUCAGGAGCGACGCUGUUUGAAUGGGAAGCAGACGAGAAAAAGGUAAGACGGACUUGCUGCCGUUUUUAUUCAUUCUUGGAAAUUUAGUAUCCACUGAAGGUGGGGGGGAAUUCAAAAUAAAGCAAUAAUGUCGUGUUGUAAUCCAAUCUAAAAUCUACAAUCCUGUUGGAGACGGACUAAUAUGCAUUCUCUUACAAGAUUCAAUUUUUGAAAGUCUGGACUACUAGUGUCGCUUUGCAAACAAAAUGAGCGCAAUCGUAGAUGUAAGCCUCCUUUCCAGUAGAUCAAGGUUCAAAGUGCCGGUUUUGUGUUGACCAAGGCAACAUUACACCUUUCUCAGUCUGCGGAUAAAAUGCUACCAGUACGGCCAUUCAAAUAAACGCUACUUGGUAAUGUUUCCAUCAGUGAUAUUGUUCGUUGUGCUACAAAAGGUAAACACUUUCUGACUUUUGAGACUACUGAAGAAUCUUCGCAUAAGAUGUACAUGCCUCAUGAAGAGUUUUUGUGCUUCUUACAAGUACAAAUCAGGAGUUUCUAAACAAGAAGGAUUGACAAUAUGUUUUUUUCCUUGCAGGGGACGACAUCGGAAUACAAAGUUGAAGUUAAGGAUGGAAACAAAGAAGUAAAUGAAACAAUUAAGAUCGACACCGGAAAGAAAACAGAAACAGUCCACGUUUCAAGUGAGGGCCGCGGCGCUGGAAAAGUCGAUAUUCUUUUCGAUUUCAAGCAGGUGAGUAACUGGGAGGGACUUAGUGAUUAGGAGCCUCCGUUUUCUUUCCUUCCUUUCUUCUCUUUUUGCAGUUUGGCCUUCUUUUCAGUAGUAUAGGGCGCACCGGUUAGGCCUCUUUUUUUGGGGGGGGAGUCUCAUUAAGGUGGGGGGAAAUAAAUUAACGUCGCUGACGUCAUAGGCUAUUGUCUUGAUCUCAUGAAUAAAAUGCGCAGGGAUGCCAUUAAGAUAAGGUCAUGUGCUAUUCUUAGUUGGUUUAGGAUAUCUAGUUACUUUAAGGUCGAUNGCCACUUGCCACACUCGAUACAAACCAUAGUAUCAUGAGAAGGAUAUGUUACAUCGAACUGGCAUCGAAGUUAAAACAGUACGAAGAAAAAGAUGAAUUAAGUUCAAGAAGACAUUAUGCCAGUAAGAAGUAAGGUCAGUCUGAAGUUUAUGAAGAACAUAAACUAAGUAGGAGUCAUUAAUGUCAGUGUAAUAGUGUUAACGCCUACCAGAUGAAAACUAGUAUUCGCUGCACUUGGGUCUGUCACUUUAUACGCCAAAGAAACCUCGUGACAGUUUGUGGUAUUGUACUUUUGGGUUUUUUACUUACUAUAUAACUGAAAUUAAAAUUUCUUUGCAAAUCCCUACACCACGUGUUUUGUGCACAUAAACAUCUUUCUUACUUCUUUUUUGUCACUGAAAGUCUCAAAACUUGCAACAAAGUCCUCAUAAAGAUCAAUCGCGUUCGUCUCUCCAGCGCUUCAAAAAUGUCAAAGCGCUGCUCCUAAAAUCAAGCUUUUUCUCCUUGAUAUUUCAAUAAUGGCACAGCCUCGACGAUCAAAAUGAGUUAAAUCUUUUUCGCUGAUCAUUAAACCAGACAUCUUUGUGUGAGACGGUCCUUUCCAAGGGAGCCUUUUGUGACCUGUUAAAUGAUUGACUUGUACGUGUUUCCUCAGCAUUCACAUUCAGUGGAACAAUUGGUCCAGGAAAGUCUGUGCUACAACAACAAUACAACGAAUAAAGAAGAAGAGCAUUGUCUGAUCUGAAGGAGUAAAAAGCUAAGAUGGUAAGAUUAGAAGCUUACACUUCCGAAUGCAAUAGAGCAACUUUCAACGUCCCCGAUCAGCUACACACCACAACCACCCUAUCCAACAUAGUAACCCAUACUUCGACAAAUUUGUAGAACUGAUCUUAUCCGUUUUUACAUCAGGAGUUCAAAGCUUUUUUUCUGUGCUUUGCUGUCUUUGUUGUUAUCACCUCAGGAGCGACGCUGUUUAAAUGGGAAGCAGACGAGAAAAAGGUAAGACGGACUUGCUGCCGUUUUUAUUCAUUUUUGGGAAUUUAGUAUCCACUGAAGGUGAGGGGGCAUUCAAAAUAAAGCAAUAAUCUCGGGUUGUAAUCCAAUCUAAAAUCUACAAUCCUGCUGGGGACGGAGUAAUAUGCAUUCUCUUACAAGAUUCAAUUUUUGAAAGCCUGGACUACUAGUGUAGCUUUGCAAACAAAAUGAGCGCAAUCGUAGAUGUAAGGCCAGUAGAUCAAGGUUCAAAGUGCCGGUUUUGCGUUGACCAAGGCAACAUUACAACUUUCUCAGCCUGCGGAUAAAAUGCUACCAGUACGGCCAUUCAAAUAAACGCUACUUGGCAAUGCUUCCAUCAGUGAUAUUGUUCGUUGCGCUAUACAAGGUAAACACUUUCUGACUUUUGAGACUACUGAAAAAUCUUCGCAUAAAAUGUACAUGCCUCAUGAAUAUUUUUUGUGUUUCUUACAAGUACAGAUCAGGAGUUUCCAAACAAGAAGGAUUGACAGUAUGUUUUUUUCCUCGCAGGGGACGACAUCGGAAUACAAAGUUGAAGUUAAGGAUGGAAACAAAGAAGUAAAUGAAACAAUUAAGAUCGACACCGGAAAGAAAACAGAAACCGUCCACAUUUCAAGUGAGGGCCGCGGCGCUGGAAAAGUCGGUAUUCUUUUCGACUUCAAGCAGGUGUGUACAAUAGAGGGACUUAGUGAUUAGGAGCCUCCGUUUUCUUUCCUUCCUUUCUUCUCUUUUUGCAGUUUGGCCUUCUUUUCAUCUUUCCUUUCCUUUUGAGUGACUGUCAUUGAUCAGUGACUACUAAUGAUUUCUUCGCCCAUGCAUACCGUAAAUCGUACGUGCCAACCGGCAAGUUAGCUAAUUCACUGUCUUCUUUGUUUCUUGACGCAGAACAUUGCUAUGUACCGACUGUCUAAAUCGAAAGCCUGUUUUUUGAGCGACUCUACUGGCAAUCAGUUAAAGCCUGCCGAUCUCAAAAAACUGCUUGAAAUGGUAAGUGAGUACACGACAAUAAUUUCUUAAAAUAAACAAAUUGCUUUCUGUUAUUUGGUUAUUUAUUUUCUGUGCACGUUUCCCUCGCGGACGGCAAUUUCGAAAAACUAGUUGUCGUUCACUUUCUCAUCAUCAUCUUGUCUGCGAUAUUAUCAUUAAGGUUUAUGCAUCUUCGCUUUCUUUUCCUUCAUGAAUCGAAGCCAGGUACCAGCAAGGGAAAAAUCCAGGGGAAAACUGAAUAUGUGGUUGUUGGCACUCUCGAUGAUCGCUCGUUCCUGAGUGAUGAAAUGGCCACCAUGUGCACUAAACUGCCGAUUUAUCACAUCAAGCAGAAAAAC